GACCUGCCGGAGCUUUGCGAUGGGUCGGCAGAGGUAGCGUUCACCUGUAGAUGGUGCACCCCACAGCCCCCAAUUGAAGAUUUCGGAUUACCGCUGGGAUUAACUGCACUUUACCACAUUUGUCUCGUUGUUUCGCGGAGAUUGUCGUGCAUUUUAUUGAUUUAUUUUUAAAAGAAUUUUAACCUGCAUGGAGGGAUGCGGGCAUGGCUUGCACGAGGCGAACCAAAACUUUGGUAUCCACAUGCGUGAUCCUGAGCGGCAUGACCAAUAUUGUGUGUCUGCUCUACGUCGGAUGGGUGACUAAUUACAUCGCCAAUAUUUACAUCAAAGUGCCCAUGCCUUUCCCCGAGAGAAAGUUCGAGGAGGUGGACAAAAGAUCAGGAGACACUCUCAGACUCAUGGAGCGACUCGAUCGCCUGGAGAUUGUGGUCAAUCAACACAUACAAGAGGCUCCGGGCCGAGGAGAGGACGAGCAGGCCGACGCGUCUUUCUCAGACUCGUCUCUCUUCGCUCACUGGGGUCAGGAGCUCAGCUCCGAUAAUCGAAGAGUGGCGCUCAAGAUGUUCCAGUACUACGGCUACAACAGUUACCUCAGCGACCGUCUCCCAUUAGACAGGCCUAUCGCAGAUCUCAGGCCCACUGGGUGCAGAAACAUCACUUAUCCUUUAAACCUCCCGCAAGUGAGCGUCGUGUUCAUUUUCGUGAACGAAGCCCUGUCUGUCAUCCUGCGGUCCAUUCACUCAGCCAUUAGCAGAACGCCCUCUCAUCUACUAAAAGAGAUUAUUUUGGUGGACGACAACAGCAAUAACGAAGAGCUGAAGGAGAAGUUAAAGGAUUUUGUGUCAGAGACCAACAGCAAGCGUCCGGGAUUCAUCAAGAUGGUGCGGCAUGCCAAGCAGGAGGGCCUGAUCCGGUCCAGAGUGAGCGGGUGGCGAGCCGCCACCGCUCCAGUCGUUGCCCUUUUCGAUGCCCAUGUGGAAUUCAAUGUUGGCUGGGCUGAACCCAUUCUUCAGAGAAUUAAAGAGGACAGAACUCGCAUCAUCUCCCCUUCGUUUGACAACAUCAAGUACGACACGUUUGAGAUUGAGGAGUAUCCGCUGUCUGCCCAGGGCUUUGACUGGGAGCUGUGGUGUCGCUACCUCAAUCCCCCCAAGUCUUGGUGGCACGAGGGAAACAAAAGUGCUCCCAUCCAGAGCCCCGCCCUGAUUGGCUGCUUUGUGGUGGACAGACUGUACUUUGAGGAGAUAGGCCUGUUGGAUGAAGGCAUGGAGGUAUACGGUGGAGAGAAUGUGGAGCUGGGUAUCAGGGUGUGGCAGUGUGGCGGCAGCGUGGAGGUCCUGCCGUGCGCCCGCAUUGCCCACAUCGAGCGCGCUCAUAAACCUUACACGGAGGACCUGACGUCCCACGUGCGACGCAAUGCCCUCAGAGUUGCAGAAGUUUGGAUGGAUGAAUUUAAGAGCCAUGUUUACAUGGCCUGGAACGUUCCUCAGGAGGACUCAGGCAUUGACAUCGGCGACAUCUCACAAAGAAAGGCUCUGAGGAAGAGGCUACAGUGUAAAACCUUCAGAUGGUACCUCGUCAACAUCUACCCUGAGAUGAGGAUGUACAGCGAAACUGUUGCAUAUGGAGUACUGAAAAACUCUCUGAAGAAUGAUGUGUGUCUGGAUCAGGGGCCUGACAAUGACAAUGUUCCCAUCAUGUACCUCUGUCAUGGAAUGACACCGCAGAAUGUGUACUACACCAGUACUCAGCAGCUUUUGGUGGGUCUCCUCAGUCCCACUGUUGACGAUGAUGACAAUAAGUGCCUGGUGGACGUGAACAGCAGACCACGCCUCAUUGAGUGUAGCUACGCCACAGCCAAACGCAUGAAACUAAACUGGCUCUUCACUCAGGGCGGAUCCAUUCAGAACAGAAAAUCAAGAAGAUGCCUGGAGCUUGUAGCAAACAGUGACAACGAGUUUGGUUACCAACUAGCUCUGCAGAAAUGCACUGGACAGAAAUGGUUCAUCACAAAUAUAUUGUACAGCAAUUCCCCAUGAGCACACCUGACUUACUGAGUGGCUGCGUAUGGAGUUUGUGUCUGUAUCUGUGAGUGUAAUUCUGCAUUCCAGAGAGCUGGGAAGUAGGAAGUAUCAGACUGAGAAAUGUUGGCGUUCCAAUCAAUGGUAAAGAAAAGAAUAACAAGGCUGAUGACCUCGAUGAGUGCAUCAUCAGCAUUUGAGCUGCACCCUCCAAAAACGAACACAAUCCAUGACUCUGGUGAGUCAACUUUGAUAUCGUUUAACUUGCUAUUGGAAAUAAAGGAAUGAAGGUUGAAAUAAU